AUGUCAAAGAAAAAAGGAUUUAGUUUAUUAUUUUUGUGGUUAAGCUGUGUAACGUGUGAAGGUCAAUAUGAAUGUGGUGACCACGGAAGGUUUGAAUAUUGCAUUGACGAAAUUCCCGGAUGUGUCAUAGGAUGUCAUUGUCACCCUGGAUAUUAUUUUGAUACAGAUACUAAAAUAUGUGAACCUAGCGUAAAACUAACUCAAAAUUAUCGAAGACGUUAUAAUAUAGAACCCACGCAGACGGAUACAGAAUACGUGACAAUUGGAGUAACUGAACCCACGCCAAUCACAAAAAUGGACCCAAUUAAGAACCAAGUUGAUGAAAUAACAAAAACUGCCGAUGAUUUGGGUGACUGGUUAUACAAUCAAUUCUUUAAAACAAUUGAAAACCAAGUAAUUAACAAUACGAAGGAAGCAAUUCCCACUCGACGUAACGGUGGGGCACCUAUUAAAAAUAUGGACCUAAGAAGAUCAUCUCAGAAAAGGAAUAAAAAAUUAAAACAAAAGCGCCGGAAAUCAAGUUUGAGGCGUAAAUUACUCCGAAUCACUGAAGACGAUAGUGCUUUCGAUACUACUGAAGAACGACACUCGGACUCCAGCGACUCGAGUAGUUCUGAUGAAAGUGACACAUCUUUCGAAAUUGAACAUAAAGAAGACAAACACAAAGACGACAAAGAGCAUGGGCACAAAAAAAUUGUUAUUAUAAAUAAGAAACCAAGGCCGCCGUUGCCAUCCUUUAUUUUCUUGCCAAAUAUGGAUACUCCAUUCUAUCCUCCGAUUGGACUUCCACCUCCACCUAUUAUGCCUAUGUAUCCCCUUGUACCUGUGCCGCCAAUGCCUGUCUUUCCUUGUCCUGAACAAGAAGGUAGUAGUCCUACCACAUCCCCUACUAGGGCUCCGACGAUCACUACCGUGAAAGAGAGUACAAUAGAGAAAGCAACAACACAAACUACAGAUCACGGAACAACUGAAGCUAAAUUAGAUACUUCUGAGCCUCCUAUAACAGAAACAACAGACCAGCCAGCAACAGAAGCUACACCACAACAAGAUCCAGCGAAACCAGAGAGAGCAGGAUACUAUAGACAAAGAAAAAAACCAAAGCCAAGUUUUCAAAGUAGACCUUUCAUGGGUGUAAAUAACAGAAAACCACAGCAUCCUUAUCGGCAAAAGAUGAAGUCACGCCAACGGCUAAACAAUCCAGAUAUGUUGAGGGCUCCCUAUGGACCCCAAAACGCCAAUGAUGACGAAAUUGUUGAAACACCCCUUGCAGAAGACAACAUGUAUGACGAAACCUUGAAUAACGAAAUCCAGUCAAACCCACAACGCUAUGCAGCAAAAGCAGAUAAUGUCGAUUUUAAGUACAUCAGUGAACUUAUUCAUCACAUUGACCUUAACAAAUCGCGUGAGCUACCUCCUAUUGAGUAUAAUUCUAGGGAAGAAGAAUUAGAAUUUUAUAAGCCACGAAAGGCACAUAAAAUGAGGAAACCUGGUCUUAAUUCACCUAUUGAAACAAGAAGACUACACUCCGAUGACUCCUAUUAUACAAACCUGGGAAGACAAAUCGCAUCUAUUAUACGUAAUGUUGAUUCACAAAACCAGGUUGACAUCGAAAUAGAGCCGACGGGACAAAAUAACGAUAAAAAUGUUUUCAUUAACGAUAACUCGCAUAGAUCAUUUUGGGAACGCUCCGUAAGAUCGCCUUUAAAAUAUUUAAAAUCAAAUAAAAAUAAAUAUGACUACUUAAAGAAAAGCAAUGAAGUUCUAUUUAAUAUAGAGAACAAAGUGUCUAUAGUUGCAUCUACAGCACCGACGCUAUCUUUACAAGAGAUAGAAAACAUCGUCAACAUUAUGGAGAAAGCACAAAGCAAAAUGGUACAAAACCGAAGAGACUUUAAUAAGUAUAAGUCAACUAAUGAUAAUCUAAACUUUAAACUUUGGCCGUCGGAGAAUCAAUUACAAAAUCACGAUAAUCCAAUGAAGAAACCAAUACAUGCAUCUAAUAAACCAAACUAUGUAGUUGUAGGUAAUGAUUUUAAAAAGAUGCCAGAGCUCAAAGCUCUCAGUAUGCAUAAUAUACAAAGAGUAACUGCUUUAUUAACGUCAAAAAGAGAUAAUCGAACGUAUAAUCAAAGCAUUGCCAGACAUCCUUCAAAAGAUAUUAUCAUUAAUCCACAGAUAAAUAUACAGAAACCACCACUAAUUGCACCAAACAGUUAUAAUCUUCAGAAAUCUAUUCAACCUCUAAAUUACUAUCAUAAUAAUGUAUAUACAGGAAUAAACAAAUAUUUUCAAGACCCAAACUUAACGCCUGAAGAUGAUGGAUCACACCUCCCUAGAAAAAGCCUAGGGCAGUUAAUAAAUAAGCCGUCAUACUUUCAUCAGGAAAUAAAUCAUUUCGAUUAUUUCAAAUAA